AUGUCCGAGCUCCUCAACACCAAGCACCAGCACAUCGAGUCGCUCGAUGUCGCCCCGGACGGCUUGGUCGCGCUGGCCACGUCCUCGCUCACUGGCGAGGUGUGGGAUGGCCGCCUCGUCGUUCUCCGCUGCGCCGCGGACGCGGCGAGGGCUGAGGUGAUUGCGAGCGUCGAGACGGAGGUGGGGAACGCGGCCGUCGCGUGGGCCGGUUCGGGCCUGGUCGCGAGCGGCGAUGACGCCGGCAACGUGACGGUGUGGCGCUUCGGAACCGGCGCUGCCGGAGCGGCGGCCGACGAGGAGCGGCUGCCCGUGGCCGUGUACUCGGAGCACGACCAGGCGGUCACGUGCGUCGCGUGCGCGCCGGGCGGCGCGCGGCUCGCCUCGGGCAGCGCCGACGGCACGGUGCGGGUGUGGGCGUGCGGCGCGGCUGCGCAGGCGGAGCGGUGUCUGCAGCACAAGCCGGCGGAGCCGUGGCUCGAGUGCGGCGUCGCCGCCGCCGCGUGGCUGUCGGCCGAGCUGCUCAGCACCUGCGACGAGGAGGGCAAGGUGCGGCUGUGGGACCUGCGCGUGCCGGCGGCGGUCCGCGCCGUCGCCCGCGAGGGCUGCGGCUCAGGCUGCCUCGCGCCGCUCGACGAGACGUCCCUCGCAAGCGGCACUCGCGCGGGCGACGUGGUGAAGCCGCCACCGCAGCCCCGCUCCCUCUCCCUCGUCGACCUCUCGACGCUCGCCGCGCGCCCCGUGCCCGCCGCCCACUCCGACGUGGUGAGCGGCGUCGGCUGGCUCCCUCCCUCCGACGGCGCGCACGCCUCGCUUCUUUCUUGCGGCUGGGACAAGCGCCUCGUCGCGACCGAGGUGCAGUAG